CACAACCUACUUUCUCGUCGGAACUGCGGUUGCUGGGAGUGGACUGGCUGCUCCGCUGGUAGGCUCUCGCCAGGCCGACAUUUGCGCCCCGGUACCGUCUCCGUUUCCGACAUGGCAACAACUUCCGACCCAGCUGUCUCUCCCGGACCCGCUGCUCCCCCUCAAGUACACCACCACGGAUAACGUCAAGGAUAUUCUGGUUGGGAAGGGUUCGAACCGCGUCCAAACACCUGAGCAAUGAUACAAGUGCCGACAGCCCGAAAUCAUGCAACUGCUACAGGAGUACCAGCAUGGUUACUACCCGAACCAUUCCCAAGAAAAGGUGGAAGCUACUCGUAGCGGCAACACGAUCAACAUUGCGGUCACAGCGGGCGGGAAGACGGGCAAGUUUAAGGCCACGAUCUCGUCGCCGUCUGGGGCGUCGGCAUCGAAGAAGGCACCGGUUGUGAUCAACAUUGGCGGCAUGCAGAACCAGCCGUAUUUGAGUGCGGGGAUUGCAAUUGCACAGUUCGAUUAUACGUCGGUGGCGCCGGACAGUAACUCGAAGACCGGGGCGUUUUGGGACAUCUACAAGGGGAGAGAAAUUGGCGUCCUGACGGCCUGGGCCUGGGGUUUCCACCGGACACUCAAUGCGCUGAACAUAACUGUCCCCGAAAUCGGCGCCAGCCGGGUCGGCGUGACGGGAUGUUCCCGCUUGGGCAAGGGUGCUCUUGCAGCCGGCCUCUUUGACAGCCGCAUCACGCUGACGAUGCCCAUGUCGUCCGGGGUGCAAGGACUCGGACCAUACCGAUAUAUCGGAUUUGGCGGACGGGGCGAGAAUCUGGAGAACAGCAAGUCCCCUCGAAUCCUGUUGCUGUGGUCAUGACAUUGCUGACAAUAUGCUCCAGUUCCUCGGUGUUGCCGUUUGUGCAAAAGGUCUUCUUCGGAACUCCGACGACCAAGGACUACAACAAUCUU